AUGCCCAGCGUCACUACCACCUCCUUCUACUUACUCUUAGUUUUUGCCAUAUCGAUUCAAUAUUUUCUCCCUUCUCCCAAAACAAACAUGGCAUCCGUCAGCAGUCCAUGGGCGGAUACUCCAUGUGAACUAAUCACUACACCACAGCAUGCGACAGGAAAGACCGAUAUCUUCACCGUCGGCGCCACACACAUGGCGCACAUCCACAACGCCAUCCUCCGCGGCUACAACUCCAUCUACCUCCAAGCACCCCACAUCAAAGAUGCAGACAAAGCAGCAUUCAUAGGAUACUCACUAACCUGGUUCCGCUUCGUAAAAUCCCACCACGAUGACGAGGAAACCGAGUUAUUCCCCGCUGUAGAACAAGUUUUAAACGACAAAAGUAUAUGGGGUGAAACGCAUAAAGAGCACGAGGCUUUUCUAGAAGGCCUAUCUGGAUACUCGACCUACCUCUCCACCCUCGCCUCCCCUACGGCUCUAAACGGCACACACCUCCAAUCCCUGAUGUCCUCCUUCCAGCCCGCUUUCUCCCACCAUUUCCACAGCGAAAUCAGCACCAUCGCCUCCUUCUCCUCCCAUCCUUCCGCCCCCGUGCCCAACACCCCCGAGGCAGAUGCUGCAGCCGCCGUGUUCAAGAAUUGGGGUAAGAAGACGGUGAUGAAGGCAGGGACGUUGGACGUUGUACCUUUCUUCCUGAUGAACCUGGAUGCGACGUUUGAGGGGGGCAAGUGGGCGGAUUGGCCGCCGAUGCCGCGGCUGGUGCGGUGGGGGCUUGUGAAUGGGGCGGGCAGUGUGAAUUGGGCGUGGUGGAAGUUUGCGAGUUGUGAUGCGAGGGGGGGGGCCGAGGGGCUUGUGGGCGUUGCAGCAAGAGGGUGGGGGGAAGGAGUAGAUGUGGGUUUAUGUACAUUUUUGGGGGGGCUUCUUGCGUAUUUUGUAUUGAUUUGGAUGUGAUUUUGAACCGAGGACAUGGGUGUUUGUUGGAGGCAAUGCCUGAUGUAGCUUGCGUUUGUGAAAGCGGACGUACCUUCCAUUUGCUUUCAAUCAGAUGUGUAUAUAUCUGCGCCUUCUCUGCUCUCUAGAUGUUCUUCUAUUGUAACCUUCAUACCAAAACAAAAAAAAAUAGAAGAAAAUCAUUCUUAUCGCCUUCUCGCUACAUUCUCUACACUCCAUUCA